CCGAUAUAAUUAUGAACACCUAAUUAGUGAAACAUUUCACAGAUUAUUUGUACAAAUUGAAACGUAUUUUUCUUUUAGCUAUUUCUCAAUCAAUUUGUACUCUGUUAAAACGAGAUAUACCAAUAUAAAUGUAAACAAAUGUUCAUAAAACGAGGAAAAUUUAAAUACAGUAAGAAAUAGCGGCCUAACACAGAGAGCCGCUUAUCAGCCGUAUGUUUUAGCAAGCACGUAGAAAUAGGAAGGAUAUACCGGUAAAAGAGGGAGGGAGGAGAGGCGUGCAGGAAGCGCUACUGUCAGUUGGAUUGGUGUUUUGUCGCGGCGCGCCGAGUGAUCAUUUGAAAAGGAAGGACCACCUCUGUUCACCAUAUUUGGCAAACUUUCCCUAAUAUGGUAACGUCUACUUCUAAAUAUGGCAGCCGGGGACGCCCUCUCGUUGAUUCUGGUGUUACUCCGCGUCGUGUUUCAACAACGAAUUUUGGAAUAUCGAAGGUGCGUAAAAGUUAUUUGCCGCCGAAUCGAUGACCACAAGGGCCAGCUUAAUUUUUUUACAAAGGUAUUUUCAACGAUCUUUUAACUGAAAGUUCUAUCACGAUUGGGUGGACUAAUUUCUUAGAGCGUAGUCAAUUGGUGGUGGGGGAAGCAGCUGCGCAGGAACGUACAGAGACACCGCGUUAGCACGUAGGUCAAGUUACGAUACUCGGCGCGCAUUCAGUUCGCGGGGAGCGCUCGUGCAGUGCGCGUUGUUGUCCCGUGUUCCUCUAGAUGAUUGAUCACGUGGGAAGCAUUGCGCCGAGUUUUCGCGAUUCCGUGGUGGAGAAGGGCCGAGGGAAAGGGAAUAAAUGUGUGCGAGUCCGUAAUGGACAACCCUAGCGGCGGAAGAGAUAGUCGGUACGCAAGUCUUGGGUACAGCAUGGGGAUGAUAGGCAGCGACGCUGGCUCGGAAAUGUACGGCCGACCGUCCACCUCCCAGCUUACAACUUCUCAAAUAAGCCGCAGUGGCGCCACUAUGAUGGCCGCGGCAGCUGCUGCAGGCGCACCAAACGCCGGCGUUGGAUCCGUACAGAGGGGUAUCAAGAGGACCACAUCGGACGUUUGUUACGAUGACAAUAAUGCACGGCAAGCACUUUCGCAACAGCAAGGUAUGUCGAUGUCCGGUGAUUGUGUCCCUGACAAUCUCGAGGAAUCGUUUACCAGUUUGGGUCAACCGAAAAAGUCACCCCCCUCGAACGGCAAGAAGACCAAAGGACGGGUUAAAAUUAAAAUGGAGUACAUCGACAAUAAGCUACGCCGGUAUACAACCUUCUCGAAAAGGAAAACUGGAAUCAUGAAGAAGGCGUACGAGCUGUCGACGCUGACGGGUACCCAAGUGAUGCUGCUGGUGGCCAGCGAAACCGGCCACGUGUACACAUUCGCGACACGGAAGUUGCAGCCGAUGAUAACCAGCGAGGCCGGUAAGGCAUUAAUCCAGACCUGCCUGAACAGCCCGGACCCACCGGCUUCCGGUUCGUCCGGCGACCAGAGGAUGUCCGCGACCGGCUUCGAGGAGACCGAACUGACCUACAACAUAGCCGACGACGAGCAGAAAGAGGAUGGCACUUCGCCUAGGUCGGACGUUUGCGCGAACGAAAGCGACGGAGACACCAGCGACGGCGAUUCACCAGUGUCGAAGGAUCUUUCGAAAAAUCACUCCGGUAUAAUGUACCAGAUGCCACAGACAGUGAUUUACUCGCCGAGUCCAGGGGUUCUGCUCGGUAUCGGUCAAAACGGUCAGCCAGUGCAAAUCUCUCAAGAAGGAGGCACGAUAAACCAGUCGAAUUCGUCCCAGAGUAAUCAACCGUUCAUCACGAUACCAUUGAACGUAGCGAUGAGCGCAGCGGGUUUGUCGCUUCCUGUUACAUCCAGGAUGAAUAUGUCGCCGACCACCACGUCCUCCUGUGAUCAACCAUCGGACCUGACCAAAGAUCGCGACUGAUACGAUCGAUCGUCGAAAUCAUUCUGGAACUGUAACGAAUAACGCCCGAUGGAUCGUUAAAAGGGACGUCCUUUCAGUUUGACACUGGCUACCGUGACGACGCGACGCGCGAACUUUUUCUAAAGCGACGCAACAGAUUCUUCUUUUUUUCUUUUUUUCUUUUUAAUCACUCGUGGAUGCGUGUAGAUACGAUACACCCGCUAUGUUUGAAUUUGUCGAUUAAUGAAAAAUACUUUGAUUCUAGCAGUAGUCGGUGACCGACGGUAAGACGCGUCCAGAGGGUGACGUUCCUCGCCAUCUGUAUUUCUCGCGAAUGUAUUUAAUGUCUUCCCUUUUCGAAAUUUGUUUUUUUACCAUGGAUCCAUCGAGUGCAGAGGUGCAACUUUUGAUGCAACGUCGAUUCAACGAAUUUUUUAACACGUUGAAUGCUACAGGUGGGUUACGAGAUUUAAAUGUAAUAUAAUUGAAUAAUUGGAAAUUUAAUGUGAAUAUCGGUCAACGUGUUUAACUCUUUCCAGGAAAAAUUCUUACUUUCUAUGAUCUAAAUAAAUGGUACCCUGACGUAUAUUUCUUUGCAGCAUUCAACGCGUUAAUUGUACUAAAAUAUUGAAUUUAAAGAAUAUUUUCGUUACCAACGUUCGACCGACUCUCGUGCAAUACUAGUCAAACUUUUAGCCCAACGAACGUUCCACGAAGCAACAUUUCACAAUUUUUUCCUCGACAAUCGAGGCGUUUUAGCGUUCGUAAAUUGUUAUUAGAAUCGUUUAGAGACACGUUUAUAUCGGUGGAAUUUAUCGAGGAAAUUUUGUACGAUUUUUUUGCAAAAUAAACCGCUAGGUAAUUACGAAACUCAGAGCGGUGUUAUUCGAUCGUUAAAUCGUUUCGUAGAUCCUCGACAUUCUAGUUGUUGAGGGAUUUUUUAAGAGAUUCGAAGGGCGAUAAUUACUUCUUAAUAUUACAGGGUGCUUUUAAAACGAAUAAUGCAGGUUGUCACUGGAGUAACUAGGAUGAGGCCAGGGUGAAAAAAUGUAGACCGGUUCGUUCACCAUUCUACAGUUUUAAGAUUCUAAAAUUCCAGAAUCUCAGAUUUUCGAAUUUCUAAAAAAUCCUAGUUACGCCAAUGCAGGUUGUUCUUCCUUUCAAUCGUAGAGAUGAUAGCCGAUAUAUUUUUUAAUACGAAACUGCGAUCUACCAAUGACAUUUGGUUCGCCUUUCUAAUUGUACACCGAAUUCCUAUUUAUUAGCUCAUCGGUGAAAUAAUUCAUCUCGAAACAACGAUCGAUGAAUUAUUAGAAUUUUUCUUAAUUAAACAAUCGUUCGGCUUGCGUGAUGGAAACACGUUUCGAGAUCAAUGAUCAACUGAUCAAUCGAAGAGAAGAAAGUGAUGAUAGUGGCAAUUUUAAUUGGUCGUUUAAGUGAUAAACACGCAUUAUUAUCGACUAUAUACCUAUUAGUAUAACAGUAUUUUUAAUCCUACAAUCUCUAUUUUACACGAUAUGGAAAUAAAUUAUCAGCUUCUGAUAAAUAACACGCGAAGAAUUUGUACCUUUUUUUUUGCAAUAAAUAUUACCUAUGAUUUUAUAAUAUAUGGAUGGUACUAUCGAUCGAAUUCGGCAAAGACAUACUUUUAAUAAUAAAUUAAUUUACAUUUAAGAGUUUGUAGAAGCUGAAGAGUUUAUACAAAAUUUUGUAUAGGCUGUUAUAAGAGAAUAAGAUUUGCAAUACGAAUGAUAGUUCGAUCCGUGUAAAAAAAAAACUAAAAUUCAUACAAAAAAUCAGUAACUAUAUUACCUAUAUUAUGCAUUUAUCAUGGGUGUUAGAAUCUUUUUGAAAGCAUAAACAAUGACCUAGUCAUACAAAUUUCUUUUUCUACUUUAUUUUAUCAUUGUCUAAAAAGAGUUUUAUUUAAAACGAUUUAAAAUACACAGUUUUUAGUUCUGUUGGCUUGAAAUAAAUGAUUGUCAAUCGAUAUUGCAAAGUAAUUAUCAUUUGAAGAAUAUAUGUAUAUGUUAUUACAGAAUAAUUUUCAACGCAAGGAUCGUUUAUAGAAUCUCUGUGAAUAUGGAAAAAUAAUUUUCGUAGUAUGAUUAACGUUGUUAAAGAACGUGCAUUAUGUGAUUAAAGUGGAAUUUUAUUGGUAUACCAAAGAAAGCCAGAUGGAAACAGGUGCGAGGAAAAAUGGGAAAGAAGCGAAUUUGAAAAACGUCUAUCAUACUUUUUAAAUUACAUAUCUCGUUUUCUGCGUUACGUGUGUCUAACGAGUUUUUGAGAAACAAUCAACCUUACGUAAAAAGUAACACGAGAAGCUCGAGCUUAAUGUUUGUACAAUAAUGGACAGAUUCGAAAGUUUCAUCUGUCUGUAAAGAAUCAAAAUUGGCAGGGUUGAAGGCGUUCUAUUUUAUAUACAAUGUGUAUGCAUAUAUAUAUAUAUAUAUAUAUAUAUAUAUAUAUAUAAUUGCAUAAUAAGUGCUGCGAGGAUCAUUUAAAUUUUCUAUAAAGAGGAAAUGUUAUAAAAAUUUGCUAAUAUCAAAGCGUUUCUUAAAUCUCUGGUUAAAAAUUUAAAAAAUGUUAAUAGCUUCAAUACAUAAUUUCAUUAAUUCUUCUUAUUAAACGAUAUAGCAUUAUUAGAAUUAUUUAGCAAUCAAGUUAGGGAUAAUUGAAAUUUAAAUGAUCCUCGAACAAUUCGUAAGUUACGAAGUUUUUUUUAUUACUCGUUUACUGUAAUAUUGCAACGCGAAGAAUGUUUGUAACCGAAUGUUGUAACGAAUGAACAUAUGUAAACAUAUCGCUGUUUUCUACACUAACUUUGCAUAAUAUACUGGUCGUGUGCCAUUGUUAAAAUUGUUAUGGAGUAUGCGUUGGACAUGAAGAAAUGAAAUACAGUUAUUCGAAUUACAA